AUGCCUCAGAGUUUGCUCGAGAAAAAGGAGAAAAACAGAUUCAAGAGUCGGUUGACAAGAGGCGGAUCAUUGACUCUGGACGAAAAGAAACGAUUCCAAGAGCUCACUGGAGUGGACUCAGACGAAUGGUACCAACUUUGGAAAAAGACACCAAAGCCACACAAAUACGAUGGCAGAACUUCUUUGGGGAAAUUCCGAACCAAGCUCAUGUUGGGUGGUGAAUCAUCACAUCAGGAGCAGCAGCCACAAUCACAAUCACAAACAACCGUAAUACCGACCACCACUGAUUGUUCGAGUGUCAUUGAAGUGAGCAACAGCCUUGCAGCAGUGCACAACCGUCUGUACAAGGGUCAAACCAAGGUUGGUGAUGCCGAAAUGUACAAGGAGCUCACUGGAAGAGAUGCUUCCUGUCUGCUUCGGGAGUCGAAUGAUACGCGAAAACGACGUCUGGAAAAGGCACGCUACAAACGAAGGCUCAAGACGGGAGGGACUUUGACUCUAGAGGAGCAAGUUCGAUUCCGAGAGCUGACGGGAAAAGAUCCGUCCUCCGUGCCAAGAAUCAACCAAGAGCAGUCGGACAGAAUCAAGGAGUUGCAACGACUGCGAUGGAGAAUCAGCAAGGGAACCGCCAAACCACAGGAUCAAGCCAGAUUCAAAGAAUUGAGUGGCAAAGAUGCCGAAACAUUUGUCAAACAGAGAAAGGAGCGAAUUGAUCAAUCGGCGGUAACUGCCUAG